CCAUGGUUUCAAGGCUGGAAACACUGUGUUCCAGUCUUUAUUAUUGAUGGUUCUUUCAUGAAGUCUUAUUAUAACGGCACAUUAUUAACAGCAUGCGCUCAAGAUGCUAAUGACCAGAUCUUCUCGUCUGCGUUUGGUGUGUGUGACACUGAACGAAAAGACAUGUGGCUUUGGUUUUUUAAGAUACUCAAGGAAACUCUUGCUCAUAGAGAUGACUUAUUUAUUGUCUGAGAUCGUCAUGAGGGGAUUAUCCAUGCAGCAAGGGUAGUUUUUUCACACGCUGAGCAUGGAUACUGUGUUCAACACAUUUUAGGGAACAUUAUAACAAAGUUUAAAGGUUUUGAUGGGUUGUCAUGGAAGUUUAACGAGGCAGCCAGGGCUGCCUCUCCUGCUGAACUUGAAGAGUAUUUUGCUUUACUAGAUUCUGAAGAUGCUGGUAUUCGUCCUUAUUUGAGUGCUAUCACUACAAAAAAAUUCGCUUGUAGUCACGGACCGUAGUCACGGAUUUGGUCCGUGACUAGUUAGUCACAGUUCUAAUCACAGUUUAGUCACAGAACGUUUAAAAAAAAAUAGUCACGGAUUUGGCCGUGACUACGUCCGUGACUAUAGUUAAAAAAUCGUAUUUUGUACGAUCGCAGCGGCAGCGGAACUUCAUCAUCUUCUCGAUCUAGGCGGGGAGAGGAUCCACGCAUCGCCCAAUUGCAACGAGAAUUGGAGGAGCAGCAGCGGGCAUUCGAACAGCAACGGAAGGAUGAUGAAGAAACAAGGGCCCGGCUGGAAGCAAUGGAACGGAUCGUUGCCGGAUAUCAGCCUUCGCCUCAGCCUCUUCCUCGACCGUACAUGUUGCACGUUGAGCAGACUCCUCAGGUUCCGCACAUGGGUCAUAUGGGUUAUCACUCUAACUCCGGAUAUGGUGCCAUGCCUGCAAUGGGUUCGACAUUUGGAUCUCUGUCGUCUGAUAUUCUCAAUCAGUUUCAAUCAUCCGGUGGAGGCAGCCGAGGAAGCAACCGAGGAAGCAACCGAGGAGGCAACCGAGGAGGCAGCCGAGGCAGUACCCGACCCUUAGACACCGUGGAUGCUGAAGAGGAUCAUCAUCGUGAUUAUGAUGAUAAUGAUGAUGCAUAUGAUUAUGAUGAUUCUAAUUUUUAUCAUAAUGGAGUCCGACGUGCGGCCGUGCGGGCAUGUAAUAUUGUUUAACAUUGUAUGAAUUUUGUUUUUAUAAUUCAGUCUCUAAUAACAUUUUUUAUGUUUAACAUUGUAUGGAUUUUGUUUUUUUUUCUAAUUGUUUUAAAGUAAAACUAAAAUAAUUUUUUAUUUUCUUUAAAAUCGAUUUAAAAAAAAAAAAACAAAAACAUUAGUCACGGACUAAAUCCGUGACUAUUUUUUAAUCCGGAACUCUUUUCUAAAUUCAUUUUUUUUUUCAAAACAUAGUCACGGAUACAUGUCUGUGACUAAAACAAAUUUUAAAAAUUUAAAUCGCGGGCUAUUUAAAAAACAUUAGUAACGGACACGUCCGUGACUACUAUAAAAAAUAAAAAUAAAAUUAAAUUAAACUUAGUCACAUGGUCCGUGACUAACAUAAAAAAAUUUAAAUUAAAAGUAGUCAUGGAUCUGGUCUGUGACUAAUGCGCCGGAGGGCUAUUUCCGGUCAAGAAUUAGUCACGGACUCGGUCCGUG